AACAAUAAAGAUUUAAUUUAAAAAAAAAUUUAUUCACAGACAAGGUAUUAAAGAAUGACAUUCAAGUUUUAAAAGAAGAGUAUCGCUUAGUUCUGCAACCUGAAGGACUAUAAUCUGCACAAAGCAGAGUAUACAAGAAGAGCAUCCCUGGAAGGGGCGGGCGGCAAACCACCAAGAUUCAUCCCAGUCCUCCAAGGCGCCUAGAGAGAUCCCGGAAAUGCCCGGGAGGGUGUCUACCGCAGGGAGUCGGUGACGCACUUCCGGCCCGAGUUACUAGUUUCUGUUGAUUUUUUUUUGUCACGGGACGGUCCUAAGUGGCGAAGCUGGCGGUGGGAGGACUCCUGCAGGGGGCCGGGUGGAUUGCGCCUCUACUUAAGGAAGGACGAUGAGUGCCGUGGGUUUUUGCAGGGUUUGCUCGCUUCUCACCUGAAGGCAAAACUCCGGGAAAGUCAGCGCGUGCUGAAGAAAGAUGAGUUCGAGCUUGGUCGCAAGUGAAGGCAGUGACGCCGAGGCGGGGGCCCGGAUGGUGGCCGCAGGGCCGGGGGUCGCCGCGCCGUCCCUGCGUGAUGGACUUCUGAUAGUAAAAGUGGAGGAAGACUCACCGGGAGUUCGGGACCCCGACCCGCCUGUGGACUGUCUGGAUCCCGAAACUUGUCGACAGUAUUUUAGGCGGUUCCGUUAUCAGGAGGCGGCCGGACCCGAAGAGGCGCUGAACCGGCUCCGGGAACUCUGUCGGAGGUGGCUGAGGCCCGAGGUGCACUCGAAGGAGCAGAUCCUGGAGCUGCUGGUGCUGGAGCAGUUCCUGACCGCCCUGCCCCCGGAGCUGCGGGAAAGGGAGCCUUAUCCUGAGACUAGUGGUAAGGCUAUCCUGGGACAGCAGGUGCUGACGGGAGGUUUCUUUUUGUUUCAGGGAUUGGUGAAGGUCAAGGAUGUACCUGUAACAUGGGAGGAGUGGGAGCAUCUGGACCCAGUUCAGAGGGACUUCUACAGGGAGAGCACGCUGAAGGAUUAUGGGAACACAGUCCUACCAAGUUUGGAAACCAGAACAGAGAACAAAGAGUUAAUUCCAAAGCAAGAAAUUCUAGAAGUAGAGCCACAGAUGCAGCUACAAGAAAGAUCCCAGGGGAAUGCUCCCCUGUUGUCCAAAUGUGGUGACACCCAUGAGGAGAUGGUAGAAAAGCACUCAAGAAACCCUUUAUUCCUGAAAAUUGAAAAUUCUCCUGAGGAGCAAAGACUCACCAGCAUCUCAGAUCUCAAGAAUGUUUCCACAGAAGAGGGAGACUCCAAAAAUAAUGAAAUUGGGAAUAGUGCCAGAAGUUCCAACUUGGUUCUUUGUCAGCCUGGCCUGACAGCAGAGCGGUCUGUUAAUGGUGCUGAACAUGGCAACAGGUGCAAACAGAGUUUAAAUAUAAUGAAACUUCAAGUGGUGAAACCUCACAAAUCUAUUGACAAUGUGGAAAAUUUCCAUACUUCAGGCCUUUUUCAGACCCAGAGGCAGCUCCGUGAAGAAAGACCUUAUAAAUGUGAUAACUGUGGAAAGAGUUUCAAACAGCGUUCUGACCUCUUGAAACACCAUAGAAUCCACACUGGGGAGAAACCCUAUGAAUGCAAAGAAUGUGGGAAGAGCUUCACUCAGAGUACUGCCUUGGUUAAACACCAGAGAACGCAUACAGGGGAAAAGCCAUACACAUGUCCCAAAUGUGGGGACAGCUUCAGACAGAGCUCACAUCUCAAUCGGCAUCAACGAAUCCACAUAGGAGAGAAACACUAUAAAUGUUCUGAAUGUGGGGAGACCUGCCGUAUUUCCAACCGUUUUAGACAUCAGAGGAUCCAUAAAGGGGAAAGACCCUAUACAUGUGAAGAAUGUGAGAAAAGCUUCAAACGGUGCUCUGACCUCUCUAAACAUCAGAGAACCCACACCGGGGAGAAGCCUUAUGAAUGUUCCGUCUGUGGGAAACGCUUCAGUCAGAGUGCGACCCUCAUUAUACACCAGAGAACUCACACUGGAGAAAGACCUUAUAAAUGUCUUGAAUGUGGGGAUAGCUUUAGACAGAGUCCACACCUUAUUCGACACCAAAGGAUCCACAGAAAUAAAGCCCCAUCGUUUUGACAUGAUUCUGCA